AUGAAUAUUCUAUGCUUUAUUUUGUGGACCGUGUAUUUUACCAUCACUAAAGGAAUAGCUACCACAUCUGAAGCAUCUUUAGACUGGAUUAGAGACCGAUCAGUACAUGAAACUCUUGGAGUAGAAGAUGCAGUUUACUGUAAGCUAGAAGGCCCAAAUGGAGUCGUAUACCACGAUGGAUUUGGCAGAUGUCAACUUUCCAUCGACAAAGUAAUGCUAGAACAUGCAGGUGUUUGGAAAAUGAACGUGGGAUUAUCGGGACGUCUUCUUACUGAAGAUUCCGAGUUUACUGUCAAAGUUGUUGAAGCUGUUUCAGUUUCGAAACCGAUGGUAACAACAAGCGUUGAAGAAAAUAGGCCAACCAUCUCUUUAACAUGUUUCAUACCGAAUUCCGAUAGUAUUAGUUCAUGCAAAUUUCGUCAUCCCUCUGGUCGUAUAUUUCUGGUUAAUAAGGGAGUUGAAGAAGACGACAACCAAGGCAAUAUUAAGGGUAAUCUGUCCGACCACAGCUGCAGUAUUUUGAUCACGGACCCCGUUGUUAAAGAUAUGGGUUUUUGGCGAUGUGCUGUAAAGACUGAAAGCGACGUUCUCUAUGGAUUCGUAAAAGUGUUAACCCCUUGGAUAAUAAGGGAUCCUGAAGUAGCUGCCUCAAUUAUUACAGAACCAACUUUGAAGGCCACCAGAAAUGUAGUGGCGAGCCUGGCUGGCGACAAUAUUACUAUGUCAUGCUCAGUGCAGUCAGCCAUUCGAUACUGCUAUUUUAGGGCCAGUAAUGGAACUAUGUUUAGUGUUCAAUCAGCCGAGUCUCAGGACCAGGCAACUUAUUUCGGGUCUGGUUUCGAUGCUGGCGAGUGCGGUAUCAGAUUCUCAGGUCUUGCAGCGAACGACUCCGGCGCUUGGAGCUGUCAUGUCGGGUUUUUGAACGCAAUAAUACCUGAGCAACGUGCAACGAUCAAUAUCACUAUACAUGAUCCAAUGGUAGCAGAUGGAAGCUUCCGCGAUUGUCGGCUAACAAUAGAAGCUCAAGUAUAUGAAAAUAGAACACUUGAUUACUGUCGAUUUGUUCGAAAUGAUGGUUUAGGAUUUACAUCGGAAAAUAUACCUGACAGUUACAUUAAUCUCUCUCUCCGAUCGAGCGGCAGAUGCGGUUUGGCAAUCGAUAACCCCCGUGAUGUGGAACUCCAUCCAUGGACUGUUGUAGCCAAGAUUACGGGACAAGCUUUAGAAAUAUCCAGAGUUAUCCCAAGGACAAGAGUUCCAAGUAUUAUAAUAUUUUGGCCUUCACCAUCUGCCUGGAUUGUAUUGACAUCAUUGUCUUUAACCUUUAUAAUAAUUUGUAUUGUCUUGGGAAGCAAAAAUAAUAGAGACUGGACAUAUAACAGAGCUAGUGUCAUCAGGAACAGUUUCAUAAGGAAGAAUGUUGCACAACAACAACAAAAUACUGAGAAGGAUACCGCUCCAUCUGCU